ACAUGGAUCAUGUGAUUUCUGUUUAUUCCUACUGUCUGCCCAUUCAACUUUUGAAAUGUAUAUGUACCAUAUACAUAACCUUGAAAUUUUAGCUGUCAUUGGUAUAUAUGUUUCAAAUAUAAAUAACGUUUAUUAAAAGUUAAUCGUUAAAUAAAUAUCACUAAAUAUAACAUCUACACCAUACAACAAAAUAUAUCAAACUCUGACUCAUCUUAUUAAAAAGUGUUAGCUUAAGAAAAGAAAUUAUUUCUAGUUUUUUAUUAGAAGCCAAAAUUUUUACAAAUAAAAUUGGAAAUCGACCGAAAUAAAUACACCAUGGAGAACUCAGAUAAUCACUGUGAUUACCAGCUACCAACUUCUUUUAAAUCUUCGCGCCAAUUUCGAACUCGCAAAAAACCUGAUAGAUUCAUUGAAAAAAUCGAUAUUACUGUAAAAAAAUUGUUUAACAAACAAAUUGAAAUAAGUAAUAAUAAUUAUGAAUUACCGAAUCCAAAUGAUAUGUUUUCCGAGAACACUUGGAGCAUAGAUGACUUACAGAAAACAAAAAUUAAAUUAAAUGAAAUAAAAAAUACCUUGAGCGAUUAUAAUCCAGCUAAGUGGAGAAAUCAUACAAGGAAAAUGAAUAUCGCUGAACAUAUUAGGUGGAGAUUAAAAGAAGAUAUUAAUCCUGAAUUAUUUACUCAAGCUUGGUGUAAAUUUUAUGAAAUAGCUUCAACCUUUCCUUUAAUACCUGAGGAAGUAAAUCAUACAAAACAACUGAAAACUAUUCAUUUAUGUGAAGCACCAGGCGCUUUUGUGACAUCUCUUAAUCAUUGGUUGAAAACCAAUGUACCAUACAUUAAAUGGAAUUGGAGAGCAACUACUCUGAAUCCAUAUUAUGAGGGAAAUUCUUUGUGUUCGAUGAUUAAUGAUGAUCGAUUUAUUCUUCAUACCUUGGAUUGUUGGUAUUUUGGAACUGAUUACACCGGAGAUAUAAUGAAUAUUAAGAAUUUAGAUAUGCUCAUUGACCUUGAAAAAGAUAAUAGUGAUAAAAUAAUGCUCAUAACGGCCGACGGUAGUGUGGACUGCAUGGAUAUGCCUGGUGAACAAGAAGCUAUUGUAUCACAUUUACAUUUCUGUGAAGUUGUUACGGCACUUCAUUUAUUGAGUACAAAUGGAACCCUCCUUUUAAAGAUAUUCACAUUUUUUGAAUGCCAAACAAUAUCUUUAAUGUAUUUUUUAACAUGCUGUUUUAAAAAAAUUAUUAUAAAAAAACCAGCUACUAGUAAACCUGGGAAUUCUGAAAUUUACUUAAUUUGUUUAUCUUUUAGAGGACGGGAGGAAAUUAAAUCUUACUUGAAUAUUUUAAAAAAAUAUCAUGAAACUGGUAUCACUUCAGCAAUGAUUCGAAAAAAUGAUAUUCCUCAUUCGUUCAUAGAGCAAAUUAUAGAAUGUGCCAAUUAUUUCAAAUCUUUUCAAUGUGAAGAAAUUCUGAAUAAUAUGAAACUUUUCGAAACUACUAACAACAAUGAUUUCUAUUUGAAACGACUAAAAAGCGCAGUCGCUAAUUAUUAUAUAGAAAAUUUUAAAUUGAGAAAACUACCUCACGAUAUGGAAAUCGUUGGUGCAAAAAUACUAAAUCAAUCUUAUUCAACGCUCUAUAAUAAAUUAUCUCAUGAUUCUUACAAUGAAAGACAAAAAAAAAUCAAUAUGACAGCUCUAGAACGUUUUUCAAUUCUUCAACAGAAGGUUGAAGUUAGUAUUGUCUACGAUAAUUAUUCAUUUCAAUUUACCAAUAAAUACGUAAAACUUCAACUAUCGGUGGGAAGAUCAUACUUGAAAAUUAAAAAUUCCAAGUUUUGUGAGUCGAAAAUUUUCAACUGUUAUGACUCAGCAAUUGAAAUUGCUAAUUCAUUGAAACUUGACUGGUUUUAUCCUGAUAAAAAUUCAACAACGAUGUUUAUAACAAACAAUAGAAUUCCUAAUUAUUUACUUUUUCAGUAUAACUUGGUUUUUGAUAAUUAUGAUACAGUAAAAAAAAUCUAUGAUAUGAUUGUGAGACUUGAAGAUCAUCAAACUCUUGUGCUUAUAGGAUAUUCUCUAUUAACACAAUUUAAUGUUGGCAUACUUUAUUUUCUUAGCCGUACAUUUAAAAAUGUCACUAUGCACGUACUUGAUGAUUUAGGAUGCAUCAUUACACUUGAAAAUUACUGUACACAGAAUUCCAUAAUAAAAAAUUUAGAAGAUAUACUGGAAGCACUAAAUAUAGCUAAAAAUAAUGACCAAGAUAUUAUAUCUGUGAUACCUAUAACUACUCUAUGCGCUGACGAAAUCUACCAAAUGGUUAUAGAUAUAAAUCAUUCAAUUAUCAAAGACUUUAUCAUGUAUAUCGGACGAUCAAUACUUGAGUGAAAUAAAUUUCAAUUUUUAAACUUA